GACAGACACCCCCCUUACUCCGUAAUGACACCCACCGAAACCCCGGGCUCCGACCCGGAGAAGCGGGUCCCCACGGACAUUCUCCCCUCCACCACCGGCCCCUCCCCCCUCGAAGACGACCCCGUCCCCCAAAAACACCACAUCACCGACGAAACCGGCGCCCUCGCCGCCUCAGCCCUCACCUCGGCGCCCCUCGACGCCUCCGAAUCCCGCUCCAUCCUCACCAAACUCGACCGCCGCAUCCUCCCCUUCCUCUGCAUCACCUACGCCCUCCAAUUCAUCGACAAGACUUCGUUGGGCUACAGCUCCGUCUACGGCAUUAUCAAGGACAACAAGCUCGUCGGGCAGCAGUACAGCUGGGCCAGCUCCGUCUUCUAUUUUGGGUAUCUCGUAGCAGAGUACCCCGGCGUCGCCGUCCUCCAGCGGUUUCCCGUGGCCAAGUUUUUGGGCGUGAAUAUCGUGCUGUGGGGUAUGAUUCUCAUGACCACCGCGGCGUGUAGUUCCUUUGCGGGGCUGGCGUCCGUGAGGUUCCUGCUGGGCGUCACGGAGGCGACGAUCUCGCCCGGGUUCGUGGCCGUUACGGGGAUGUGGUGGACGCGACAGGAACAGGCUGGUCGCUCGGCGCUGUGGGUGUCGUUCCUUGGCGUCGGGAGCUUUGUGGGCACGUUGCUCGCGUACGGCAUCGGGCAUAUCACGGGCUCGCUGUCGCCGUGGAAGUACAUCUUUCUGAUUCUGGGCGCCAUCACCGUCAUCUGGGGCGUCGUCUUUACGAUUUUCGUGCCGGAUGGGCCGGCCAAGGUGGCGUGGUUGACGGAGAGGGAGAAGGUCGUGGCUGUGCAGCGCGUGGCGGAGAAUCAGACCGGUACGGGCCGGAGCAGGACGUUUGUCAAGGCGCAGGUGCUUGAGGCGGCGAAGGACCCGGCGGUCAUUAUUUUGGGGUUGAUUUCGUUUGUUAAUGCGAUUGCGUCGGGUGGGUUGGCGUUCGGGUCGUUGAUUAUUCAGGGGCUUGGGUUCAGUCCGCUUAACACGACGCUUAUGAACUUGCCGCUUUCUACUGUGCAGGUUGUCACGCAGCUGGGGGCCGGGUUCUUGAGCAGCAAGAUUAAGAGUUCUAGACUGCACGUCGGCACCGUUGCCAUGAUCCCGCCGGUAUGUAAUAGUGAGUCUUGCUGGCUGAUAUCCCACUAACCUAAGAGCUAGAUCAUCGGAACCUGCCUCAU